GGAAAAUCCCCAAUAUAAGAAUGGUGGAUGUCAUGGCUCUACCUUCAUGUUCCUUUCUCGUUUACGACGUGAUUGAUUGAUUACCGUCGACAGAUUGUGAUAUGUUCACGUUACACGUCUUGAAAUAAACCUUGAAGUCAAGACAACAAAAUGAGUGGGCCCUCAACUAAUAUUGGAAGAGUGGACCGUCUUGCAUCACAAGUUGAAUAUGAUGCCAUGCCUGAUGCAUGUGGAAGCCCUCCUCCCAUUUUAGAUAGUACCAGUGGGUAUUCUGAGCUCAGUCGCACAGUAGAAGGAAAAGCUGUGAUAAGAGGUACUGGACAAAUAUUGGAGACAAGUGAAGGAAGUUCUGGUGAAAGUGAACAGAUUCCAUCUGGAAGAAGGCAAGGCUAUUCUUCAGCACAACUCUCACAACCCGGCUUUCCGGACCAGGAAUUCUAUAAUAAAUAUCUGGAUAACUGCACAUUUAUCCAUCGUUAUUCCAGUUCUGAGAAACAGGCCUUCAUGAAACGAUUACCGCUUGUCAUGAAACACUUUGAACGCUUUCCUGAUAAUUUGAAAGCAGCUUACUAUGAUGUGAUGGUCUUGUAUAGUGAAGAUGAUCGGUCUGCUGCUGAAGAUUAUUGUCAAAGUCUCAAUGACCUAACCUUAGAUAAAGGAAAGCGUGUGAAGGCUGUUUUAUAUGAUGUCAUGGAUUUUGCCAAUAUUAAACGCCGAAUGUUUGGAAGUUUGGAAAUGGCUUUUGAACGAUGUACCUUCGCCUUUGUGUAUUUAACUAAACAGUUUUGUAAGUGUGAAUGGUCUCAGAUAGCAAGUGAGGAAUGUCUGAUGGAAGCAAUUUACAACAGGGAAAAGCGAUGGUGUGUUGUGCCAGUGUAUACAGUACAACGCACAAAAGCAGAUUUCAACAUUCCAAUGGGUCUGAACUCACUGAAAGGUGUUAACUUUUACAACAAUGAUGACUUUUACAGACGAGGAUUACAGACUCUGAUCGGUGGUAAAAUCUACAAAAGGGAAGACAACGAGGAAAAGCUUUUUAUUGAACAAUACCAAUAUGCAGUAGGACUGGAAAAGAAACUUCAAUUAGAGAUAGAAGAGAAACAACAGAAACUUAGAGAAGCAGAACUAAGGCAAAUGUCUCCUCCAAGCUCAAGUGAAAAAGAAAAAUUGUUGAAGCAAUUAAAUAUUCAAUCACAGGGAGAUGUAGAUUCAAGUGUCUUUGCUGCAGAAUCUCCUAAAGCAGAUAGAUCGUCGUCGAGUUACCGGGCUGAGAGCUCCAUGUCUGAUAACUCAUAUUUAGGGAGUUUGAAAUCUCGUGGUUCCCAAGGUGAUCAGUCAGACUCGCAUAUAUCUUUUUCAGGGAACACUAGCCAAGGUCGACAAGACUCUAGUUUCCAUGCAGAUGUGGCUUUUUCUCAUCAAAGUCAGGUUCCUGAAAUGAAUACAGGCCAACAUGGAAAGCAGCCAAUGGCAAAGGGACAUAUGUCAGAAAGUGAAAAGCUUGAUGUUGCAAUGGGAGGACAAUCUGAUUUUGACAAAGAUGGAAAGGUGAUUGUACAUCACGUCCACACACAUACACAUAUUUAUACAGACAGGGAACCAGCGAAAUCAAAAAAGAAAGUCGUCAACAUUUACGGAGCAGAAAACGUAAUGAUUGGAGACAAAAAUACUAUUGUUGAAGGUGGAACUCAGGAAAGUCCCGUGGCCUCUGGCAAGGAUCCAGAGAUGCCAACAAAUUCAAGGAAGAGGCAGGAUUGUAAUCGUGACCCAAGUCCGUCCAUGCCCAUGGCCAGUCGACAAUCUAUGGAGGGCUCUAGUCGACAAUCUAUCGAUGGUCACCCAUCAUUGCCUCCAUCAGUAGAGAGUUACAAUACAACUACAAAAGAAACACUUCCCUCUCCAAAUGAUGAGUCCAAUAUUGAAAACAAUAUCACAGAGACUGAUGAAAAGAGAGUGACUGGGAACUCCACCAGACUUGGAAGUUUACAGACCAAUAAAAAAAACUACAUCACUGACACAACUACGGCAACCACUGCAAGUUUACCAUCAACAAUUGUGACUUCAACAGUUAAGUCAAAUGUCGAACCAAACGUCUCAUCAUCUGGUGAUGCUGCAAAUAUUUCUUCAGGUGACGCACACAAUCAGACUAUGAAAGGUAUGGAAAAUGUUCCAAAUGUGACUUCAUCAACUACAGCAAGUCCAUCUUCAAACAUCAAUUCUGAACAAACCACACCUUUGACAUUUCGAACAAAUAUUUCUGGUGCCUCAAAUAUUUCUUGUGUUUCCAAUGUUGAAGCAGGCUCUGUGCCUGCACCUGUUACUCAAAAUAUCCCAACAAAGCCAAAACGAGACAAUCCACAGAAUCAUGGAGCCAGAAGGCCAAUAAUCUUUUCAAACAAUAAAACAAAGCCUCAAGUUAUGGCAAAGGUUAUGCCAUUACAGAGUAAACAAACAAGCACUGCCGUUGGUGAUGAAUUCAGAAACAACUUUGACAGCUCAAUAGAUCCCCAAGAUAGCAAGGCUGUAGGUCAAACUGAACAGAAGGAGGUAUAUCAAAGUCACAACACAAAUGUAAAGACAGCUAUUGCAAGUAAAACUGAAGAUGAAGAGGAAACUGAAGUUAAACAAGUGGCUACGGUUUCUCCACUAACCCCUGCAGACCUUGAACCUGACUGUUCUAAUAGCACUGAAUCUUCACUAAAAAACUGCUGUAGUUUAGGCUUGACAGAAACUGAUCAGGAUGACCAGGCAGUGUCUAAAGUUUUAGAAAUGGGAUUCCCGGAAAUGCAAAUCAAAGCGGCUUUGUUGUCACUUCAGAGCCGUGCUCCAGGUCGCCGACACUUUAGUGUUCCAAACCUUCUUGAUGAAAUGGAAAAACUGCCAAAAAUGCCAGAAUCACAGAAUCAAAAUAGUGACUUAGACACUGAUGGUCCUUCUGAUGCUGGUUUUGUGCUUCUCAACAAUGAGUCAUCCAGGCAAGACAGACAAACUGCUCACCAGGGGAGCAAUGUAUCGACAAGCAGUGCUUCAAGGUACAAUAGAAGAAGACCAAGCUCUGAACAGUCUCCUCGGUCUAAUGUUCACUCACCAAGUACCGGGUCCCCCUCCACCAAGGAAAACAAGUGUAAAAUUUCAUGAAGAUGUUUGUCAGACUUCCUGUUGUACAACUUCAUCUGUGAAGAGUCUCACAUUUUCAAAAAAUGUUCUAAGGUGUGUAGAAAAGGCAUUUGCUUGAACAAUGAAAGAGGAAGAUUCCAUUUAAAAAAAAACAUUGACUUUUGGUAUGAUAAAUAAAUUUGUCAACAGGUCAGGAAUAUGUAAGCUCUUAAUCGUAAGCUGAAGCAGGAGAGUUAUGGAUCAAAUAUCAGCAGAGCUGUGUCAAAUUUAUAAGAAUAAUUGGAUAAAUCUUUGACCAGGAUAGCUACCAGAUUAUCUCAGUAAGCCAUGUGAAAGUACCUAAGGAACGAGAGACAAAUGAUCUCAUUCUGGUGUAUUGUGCCAAGGAAUGCAAUGUACAUUUAAAAAAGAUAAGAGUUAGGAGUUUUCUUACAAAAAUUGAUUUAAUAUGGAAAUGUGAUCAAUGGAAGAUGGAAGAAUGGAAAGUUUUUCUCACAAACUUAAUGAUUAUAUACAUACAUAUAUAUAUUUUUUUUUCUGAAAUCUUCUCAAAUAAAUGAGAGAUGAAAGUGACUUUUCUUACAAACAUUUAUAGAUAAAUUGACAAAUCUUGCUAUUUCUCGAGACCAAAUAUCAAUUUUAGGUCUUUGGAUGGGUUUGGAAUGGAUAGCUUCUGUAUGUUGAUUACAAAUUUAAAAGAUUUCAGACAAGAUAUUUAUAUUCUAGUUUUCUAGCCAGACCCUGUCUUGGGGGCCGAUUAUGUGUUGUAUUACCUUGUAAGUAUGUGGUAUACCCAGGAAAAUGCCAGAAAGGUGCUGUGGGUUGUCUUGCCAGAAAGGUGCUGUGGGUUGUCUCCCCUCUUGUCUGAAGUGUUAGCACACUGAUGGAAUGCAGUAGUACAGGCUGGAUAUUCUGUAAACUCCUCGAUUUGAAAUGAAUACAUGUACUAGAUAAUAAUUGAUUGUGUAAUGGUUUGACAAUUAAUAUCAAAGUAUUGAUAAUAUCAAUAUACAUGUGUUGCAUUUCAGAUAGAAUUUUAACAAAUCCAUAUUACUGGAGUUAAAACCAACAUGAAUCUGUUGUAUUUGGAAUUCAUAAUUCAUCAGCAUUCUUACUUAUGUAAUGUAUCAAAAGAACAUGAAUUCUAUUGCAUGUAUUACAUGCAUACCUACAUGGACUUUUAGAUUUUUAGCUCUCCAUGAGCCCCGUGUCACCCCGGGGUUGAUGCCCCACCCCAUUUCAGUUGUUGGGAUAAGUAUUUGAAAGGCUUAUCAAUCUAUAACUAUACACCCCACACUCUUCUUAUAUAACAUGUACAGUUAUUAGAGGUAUAGGAAUGAAAGUACAGCCUAUUAUCAUGUGGAAAUUUUGUGAUACCCGAAUGUGUUUACUUGGAUAGUGAUUAGUGCUUCAAGUAUAGAUACAUCACAACAUUAACACAUAAACGCUAAUAGAUUCUACUAACAAGAAUGUGCUUGAAGAACUGGACUACUAGCUUUUCAACACUAGAAAAGCAUUAACUAUAUAGGGCCUUUGUUUCAUACAUGUAUAUUAAAUGAAUCCCUGUACAGGUAUUGUAUUUGCUUUUGUACGGUAACAAACACCAUUAUGUUACUGAUCAUUGAUUAUGUGUAAUAAUGUACUUUAAUAAAAUGGAAUCUUGUCAAUCAUGAUUUUGAAAAAGUAGUAGAAUCAUUUCCCUAGCAUUAUUACUGAUAAACAAAAGGACUUCCAAAUGACCAAGACCACUCAUUUAUCUCGAUUUGAAAAUAGAUUGUCAGUCCACAUUAAAAAAGGUUUUAUGGAAGUUUACAAACAAUGAUUGCGAAGUUAGAAAUCUAUAUCUUACUGGUUUUAGUCUUUGGUAGUACUUGGUUUAUCAAACUGAAAAACUAUUCAAAUGUGAACUUAUUUGUCCAUCUAUGGAUUUUACUAGCUUUAAUAUACACAUUGUGUGAAUGUAUUUUUGUUCUUGUUACAUAAUAUUUUGUCUACCAGUAUACCACGUCUGAAAAUUAAAAAUCAGAAUGAAUGUAUGAACAGCUUUACCACUUAAUUUAAGUACAAUUUAUUACACUAUUUAUGCUUGGUAUGUAUUUUUGUCCUUAUUUUGAAUUUGUGUUAAAAGUAAGAUACCUGAGCAGCCUCUAUGUAGCUAGUUUGUGGUUAUAUAUUGCCAUACAGUAGCUGAUUAUAAUCUAUUUUUGAUGUUCACAUGUUUUUACUGAUCUUUGGUAUUUUUCACACUUCAGUUGUGUAAUAUGUAAAUUAUCUAUUCCAGUACAGUUUUUACCAGUAUGUUGAAAUAUCCCCCCAGUGUGUAGCACAGUGAAUUACUGUUAAUGUCUGAUGAUAUAAAAUAUGCUCUAAAUGAUGACAAGUAAUUUCAGCAACAGAGUGUUAUAUAUUUCUAUUGGUAUGCCAUAUUUAUCAAUUUCAAAAUAUCAUAUGUGAAACAUGGAUUAAAUUAAACAUAUUAUCAAGGAGAUAUCAGUAUUACAAAGUCAUGCUUGUUAUGGUUAGGAGAGGCAGCUAUAAACUGUAUAUGGGAAAGAUGGCCAGGGGGAACAUGGAUCAUUGACAGAUUUUAAAAAGAAAAAAAGCUUUCUUGGUCGUAGUUGUUGUGGAUUUUGAUUCCUCAGACUUCAACUGCUGUUUCGACAUCUGUUGUAGGCUGUGGCGUUCGAUAGUGGUGAUUUUGGGAUGUAUUGAAAGAUCUGAAACACUUUGUCUGAAAAAUAAGGUAUAAAGAUAAAAAUAGUUAAUUUAGAUAAUUUGUUAUUUAAUGUUUGAUAUGCAAUAGCUUGUUUUUGUAAGAAAUGUACAAACUUGCAAUGAAAGUACAUUUAAGAUGAUGCGACUACUGUGAUUUUCCCUUCUUAAUUAUUUGUCCAAAUUGAGUAUUGAAAUGUUGUUAGUUACACAUUGCUGUACAUUUAAGAUAUGUACAAUGUGUGGAGAAUAAGUUACUUGAUGUAUAAACUUUAUUCUUACUUUUACUGUUACUUCACCGUUAAGGGAGUUAAACCUCUCUAUAAGCUGGACGUUUGAGUGGAGCUUGUCUUGACAUGAAACCUCCAUGUCAUCCAUAACAAGCCCAAAGCUCCAGUGAUAUUGACACAAUGAUUCUCGAUACGUUCCCAGAAAUCAAGAUUGGAAUAUUUUUAAAUGUCUGUGUGUUUUUUAUCAGAAUAAACAUGAUACAACAGUCAACAUGUGUGAUUUCAGGAUAAAGCCAGUUUCUGGUUCCUAUUAAUUAGUAGGUCUAUAUAAUUGGUACCCGAUCUCUGGGAAUCAGAAUCUGGCCAUGUCCCUGAAGUACAUACUGUACCUGUAAAUUCUAACUGGACAAUCCAGUGCUAAACACUGUGUGAUAGCUAUAGACUGAAUACUAUUUCACAUCAUUGGUACACAUGGUCAUAUUUUGCUUUAUAAAAAUGCAUUUAUGGUUGAAAAUUGGCUGAAAGUCGUGAGAGAAUUGAAAAUUAAAAGCCUUUCAUGUAUGAUAAUAGAUAAAUACAUAACUCUAUUUAUGGACGAAUUGGUGCAUAUUAUAAGUAUGUAUCUGGUAUCAUCUGAAAUAAAACAGAAUACAUUG